AUGACCCAGUUGACGGAACUUGAGCACGCAAUGUUGACACGGCUUGCUGGCCAGGUUGGGCCGCACUUCCGACACCAGACUCGCAACGAGCCUCCACUCUCACCGGAAGAAAAGUUCGAGCUAGCGGCCAAACUACUUCGGCGCAAUCCGGGUGAAUUCCUUGCUCGUUACAGCAACUUUCUAUGUUGGCCGGAUGAUGCAGAGUGUUUUCGUUCUCAGUGGAAUGACUACACCGUCCGUUUCUACCUGGAGAAAGCUGGAGUGAUAUUGUCAGCAUCAGACAGCGAAACCCCUGUACUCAAAAGAUCGAAAAUGUGGCAACGAACCUCUGAACUUCGCAUAAAGAAUAGGCGCCUGAUGGCGAUGCGCCGAAUGCAGGCUCAGGCAGCGGAGGACCCCACGGAGGGGUUCUUUUCGCACGAGCAGAUGCGCGAGCGUGCGCCGGAGUUGUGGGAGCGAAUGGUCGGUCGCUACCUCAGCGACGCGGACCGACGAGCCCUCCUGGGUCACCAGUACAACUCCUUCAGUGGCAUGCUGCUUUCCCAACUUCUCGACACAGAACAGCUUCCUGAUAGGGUGGGGGGUACAUCUGGAGAGGACGAUUCUGACGAUGACGACUCUGAUACAAGCACGCAACAAGGACGAUCCCAGAAACACAAAAAAGCGGCAGAACAGGAGCGUUCCCGGCAAGAAUUCACGGAAAUUAUGCAGUCCCGAUUUCUUAAGGGGCUUGAUGAAGAUUUCGACUAUGACGCUGUAGACAAUGACGCGACGCUAGAUGAUGACAUGGAUGAAAUGUAUCGUGAUGCAGAAGAAAGCUACUUCGACUCAGAAAGUCCAGCCGCAGCACCCAGCAGUCCUGUUGAGGAUGGAAGUUGA